AAUGCAUCACAUUUGUCCAGGAAUGUGUCACCAAAACGAUUUGUCUACAUAAUAGUCAACUUGUGACACGAAACCGUGCUUUGUGCUUGAUCGUCUAAAGUUCCCAUCUGUAGAUGGCAGCCAUCCCUAAAGUGAACAAAAGGUUCAACCUAUUAUCUUUACUGCCGCCGGAAAUCCAGCUGACAGUUUUCAACUUUUUGACAUUUCGAGAACGCUUGCAAUGUACUGCGGUAUCCAAGGAAUGGCGAUCCAUGAUUCUCAAUGGGCAAGACAUGUGGCAUACUUUGUCUACAGACGAUGGACACGUUAUUGUACCUGAGCUGCUACCGUAUCAAUCCUACAUGGAUCCAUCAUCCAUCAAGCGGGUGGUAUACAAUGUAUUUGAUGAUGCGUAUCGAACACCAAAACAAUAUUGGCCUGGAGUAGUCGACUUUUUGAUAAAUCAGAAAAAAUGCAACGCAAUUGAAGAAGUUGAGCUAUGUACACGAUAUAUGAUGAUGGAGUACAUAUCCCCAUUACUUACCGCAUGUGGUGAUACAUUGACACGUCUCUUGAUUGCACCGGCGGGUUUCCACGGUGCUUAUUCGACAGAAAACAUCACGCCCGACCUGUUUUUCCGGCAUUGCCCAAACCUCACCAGUUUCACGUUUGCGUAUCAACCGUCGUCCUCUUCGUCAUUUAUAAAAAAUUGGAAGCCACGAUUGCCAUCGCAACCCAACAAACAUCUUGUUGAUCUGGCCCUUACGACUUUUAACUACAAGUUGGAUCCAGAACCGUUUCUUCAGGUGGCACCCAACUUGAAACACUUGGCUUUAUUCCAUCUCGAUGAAAGCAUAUCCGCCGAAUCAUUUGCUUCUAUGCUGAGCCGUUAUUGUCCAAAGCUGGCGUCACUCGCGUUAACCGAGUUGUAUGGUCGUGCUAUGUUUGGCAUCACCACCGUAGUACACCGACGCAGCGAACGUCAGCAGCAACAGCAACGACUUUUACGACGAGGCCGAGAACGACGCGAACAAAAUGACAAGGAUAAAGGAAUCAUAGAGCUUUUGUUAUACGAUCAGGCGGGAAGCUCUCAGAGUACACAGUCGUUACUGUAUCAUUUUGCCGAGCAACAACAUGAGAAACUGCGAUAUGUAUACCUUUCAGGCAUGUCACUUGCCCGUGCCGCAAUGUCACGUUUGUCCCAGCACGUGUAUCCCUCACUGACGCAUUUGAGCUUACAAUUCGAGACCUACGACGGGAGAUCCAUGCCAAUGUCCAUGGUGAAUAAUUUUCUCACUCACUCUGUACCCAAUUUGGAAUCACUCUACUUUGAAGACAGUUUCAACGCACAAGAAGAGAACAACGACACGCUUUCUGCGCUUGCAAAUUUGAAGCGAUUGCAAGAACUGACUAUCGACUAUGGAUUCAACGUGACCACAGAACAGUUGCUUUGUUUUUUCAAGACAAUAGCACAAAAUCAACAUUGCAACCAUGACAACACCAGCUGCUGUACUCGUCAUCCCAUGUCAUCACCUUCUUCUUGCUCCUCAUGCCGUGCACUGCCCGCGCUACGUAUCAUUGAAUUCAAAUACGCUUUCAAUGCCGUUAACUCUCAAGUUUUGGAUGCUAUCAGCAGAUAUAGGAUAAUGAUUGACGAAUUGACACUCGUCGAUCUUAGCGUCUCAGUCAACGAUCUGAGUGUGUUUCUGGACACACUCAUUGCUGCUGCUCCCAUCUGUAGCAGAAGGAAAAAUGAAUGGCGCAUCAACAGAUUCUAUUUCCACUAUAGCGCGUUCUAUAGCAUGUCGUCAGAACCGGUCGAUAUUGAUGUUCAAUGCAAGGAGGUUUUGGCAAAACUGGAUGGUGUGGCAAAGGAAUGGAGCUUUUAUUAUACACAUAUUAUAGCAAUGACACAUGAAGAGUAUAGGCUUCAACAAAAAGAAAAGCAAUGGACAAGCUAGUCUUGUCGGUUGUUGUACAUUUAGAUAGGGAUACAGCUUAUUUGUAUGUAGUAUCAAUUAUACUCACCCAGAAUUUAAGGUACAAACCUUAUUGUUUUUCGACUUAUGAUGUUGG